ACAAAAAUACCCAUAUUUAACCUACCCAGCACCAGAAUAAAGGACAAAAUUCUCAUCAAAUUCUAUGCCCUCCGGCCGGCACACAAGUCAAAACUACAUAAAUUUACAUGCCGUCUUUGUCAAAACUUUGUAGUCUUGCGCAUAAAUCAGUACAAUCUAUAUUCAUCUCCUAUCCUCUUCUUCUUCUUAUUCUUCUUAUAUAUAAUAAAAACUCCAUCUUUCUCCUUCUCUUCUUCUUCUUCUUCUUCUUCAAAUAUAUAAUAAAAACUCCAUCUUUAUCCUUCACUUCAUCUUCUCCCAUCUCAAAUGAAGAAAAAUAAUAUGCUUCUCUCUGUUCUUAUGGCCCUCGUAAUCUCCUUCUUCUCUCUAACGAUAAUGGACUAUUUUUCUCUCUAUCAGUCAACAGAGAUCAAUGGAGAUGAAGGAGGCAGAUUGCAGCAAGCUUUCAUGAAUGGCGGAGCUAUAGGACCGGAGAGCUUCGCAUUUGAUGGAGAUGGGGAGGGGCCUUACACCGGCUUGUCUGACGGCAGAAUAAUGAAAUGGGAAGGAGAUGAUAUUGGAUGGACUGAUUUUUCUUCCGUUUCCCCUUCUAAUUUGUUGCAUGACUGCAGAGGCUCAAGAGAUCCAAAAAGGGAAGAUUUAUGUGGGAGGCCACUUGGAUUAUGUUUCUAUAAGAAGACAGGAGAGCUAUAUGUUGCUGAUGCAUACUCUGGUUUAUUAAAGUUUGGCAGCAGAGACAAAGCUGCCACCAUAGUCUCAAAAGAGGCAGGAGGGGUGCCAUUUUAUCUAACCAAUGCAUUGGAUAUUGAUCAAGGAAGUGGAGUUGUAUAUUUUACUGAUAGCAGUGCAAAGUAUAGGAGGAGGGAGUUCUUAUCAGCGAUAAUAACAGGAGACAGCACAGGAAGAUUAAUGCAAUAUGACCCAACUACCAAAAAGACACAAAUCCUGCUCUCCAACCUAUCAUUCCCCAAUGGCAUUGCAUUAAGCUCGGAUGGCUCUUUCCUCCUCAUUGCAGAGACCACCACUUGCAGAAUUCUAAGAUAUUGGCUUCAAAACUCAACCUUUGAGGUCUUCUCCGAGCUUCCAGGCUUUCCAGAUAACAUAAGGAGAAGCCCCAGAGGAGGGUUUUGGGUUGCAUUGCAUUCGAGAAGAAGCAAGCUUGUGAAAUGGCUUCUCUCCCUUCCAUGGCUGAAGAAGGUUUUCUUCUAUGGUUCCUAUGUGCUUCCAACUUCAAGGAUUCAUGGCAUGGUGAUGUUUUUUAAGAGGAUGAGGAAUGAGGGAGCCAUGGCAUUGAGAUUGAAUGAAGAUGGAGAAGUAAUAGAAGUUUUGGAGAGUCUUGGAAGGAGAAAGAUGAUGCUCAUCAGUGAGGUGCAUGAGAUGAACGACAGUUUGUGGAUUGGUUCUGUAAUUAUGCCAUUUCUUUGGCGUUAUAAGAUAUGAUCAGUUUCAUAGUGACAUUUGGAAUAAAUAUUUUGUAUAAAUUCCUUAUAAUUUGAACCUUUAUUCUAAUAAUAAUAACUUUAAAACUC